AGAGAAAGACCGAGAGGAGCAGAGGGGAGAGGAAGAGGGGGAGUGGAUCUGACUAAGGAACAGCCACUAUCUCUCUCCUCCAGUCUUUCUCUCUAGUCUCGCUUCUGUCUCUCCCCUCCAUCUUCCUCUCUGUCUCCUCACAUCCUCCCGCUAUGAUGCUGAGGAGAGACCGUCUGCUCCUGUCUGUGACCCUCACAGCCAUCUUCACUGCUGACCUCUACUUCGUCCUGCUCCCCAAGCUCCGCCACAGACAACCAGGACCAGAUGAUGGAGGCUGCAUUUGUCCCUCCUCCAGGGGGACUAACUUCACCCUUGCUGGGUACAGCGGCCUCACCACCCCCUGGCCCUCCAACACCACCUCCAUGGACCUCCAGGGGAUGGGGGUCAGAGCUACGGACAACCUUACAGAGUUGGGCUCGAAGCUGGAGAGGCUGUUUGCUCAACCCCUGUAUAACAUCCAGACACCGGAGCUGGUGCGAGAAGAGAGGCUGUUACAGUCUGAAGAGGUAAUGGGGUAUUACAGGAGGAAGGUCUCGCGCUGGGAGAGGCAUAUGAAGCUGUACAGCGAGGCAGCAACGUUGCUGGAACACCAAGCGACCUUUGACCCUGAGGCCAGCUGGCUGAAGUUCCACCUGGGCAUUAAUCGCUACGCUCUGUAUGCCCGCGAGGACCCCACAAUCACCCGCCUGCUGAAGGACAUGCAGUCCAACGCCGUCAUCAGCGCAGAUUACACUCAAGACGAAAAGGCCCUCAAAGGAGCGUGUGACUGUACCCGGGUGGUAAAGCCCAGUGGAUACCACCUCAAGCUGGCCCUGAAGAUGCAGAACUAUGGCAAGGCCAUGUUCAAACCCAUGAGACAGCAGAGAGACCAGGAGACUCCUGAUGAUUUGUUCUACUUCGUCGACUUCCAGAGACACAAUGCUGAGAUUGCUGCCUUUCACCUGGACAGAAUCCUGGACUUCCGGAGGGUACCGCCGGUGGUGGGCAGGCUGGUGAACGUGACGGGGGAGAUUCUCCUGACCACUCACAAUGAGGACCUAAGGAGUGUGUUCUUUACCUCUCCAGCGAACAACACGUGUUUCUUUGCUAAGUGUCUGUACGUGUGUAAGACGGAGUAUGCAGUGUGUGGGAGCCCUGACCUGCUGGAGGGCUCCAUGUCAGCCUACCUCCCCGGUCUCAGCAUUGCCCCUCGUAUCUCCAUCCCCAACCCGUGGAUACGAUCAUACACCUUCACUGGCAGGGAGGAGUGGGAGGUGAACCCCUUGUACUGUGACACCAUAAAGCAGCUGUAUCCCUACAACUCAGGGAACCGACUGCUCAACAUCAUAGACAUGGCCAUCUUUGACUUCCUUAUUGGUAACAUGGACAGGCACCAUUAUGAGAUCUUCACCAAGUUUGGCGAUGAAGGUUUUCUUCUUCACUUUGACAACGCCAGAGGGUUUGGGAAGCAUUCUCAAGAUGAGAUGUCCAUACUGGCUCCACUGUCACAGUGCUGCAUUAUAAAGCGUUCCACGUUACUGCGGCUGCAGCUCCUCUCCCAGGACCGCUACAGGCUCAGUGACGUGAUGAGGGAGUCCCUGGGAGGAGACGCACUGCAGCCGGUCCUUACUGAGCCCCACCUGCAGGCCCUGGACCGCCGGCUGCAGCGCGUCCUUAAGACAGUCCACAGGUGUGUGCGCAGGCUGGGAGAGGCUCAGGUGAUCACCACAGACUUUGUUGAUACCUCCGUCAUGCCUGAGUCUGUUAAACCAGUGUCUGCGCCCAACAAGGAGAGGUAACUAAGGUUAACAAGGAAUUCAAAAGAAGUGCACUAUAAUAGGGGAAUAGGAUGACAUUUUGGACGUAUCCCCAAGUCCUACAAGGGGAGGUAACAUAAGACCAAGGACAGCCUGAGGACCAUGAUGGCAGGUGACCUCGUCGUGUAAAAGCAGGAACCACAGGGUCUGGUCCCUCUCACUGAGUAAUGCAUUCCGAACUAGUCUUUGAAGUCAAACCUUUGGAAUGAUACGGUCUGCUUUGACAAUAGACAGCAGCACUGCUUUCCUGCACUGUCAAAAUGUCACACAUGGCCUUGGGCUAUGAGGUCACCUGAGGUCACCUUCCACCCUCUCUGGAGAUCCCCUCUGCCUUGCAGUGCAUUGAAAUGGACCUACUGUAUCAGUGCGUCAAAGGAGCCAAAUGACUGUGGAAGAAGCACUGGAUAAUUUAAGAUGAUUUCUGCUUUUUCACGAUUUCACACCCUUCUUCAGUACUCUGUCAUUUCAAUUUCAUUUCAAUGAUUGCACAUCAGUUCUGUGAAGUAACCCUUGUGCCAACAGAUAUUUAAUCAAAUAUACAUUUGUAAAUAAAGGUUUUGAUUUGGGGUGAUCCAUUGAACAAAACUUUAAUAAGAAGAAAUGAUGACACUUCAAUACUCCUUACAUUUCUACUGCUUUCUGUUGUGUAACUGUUUUGAUUGAUCUGGAUUCACAUUAGACACACAUAGUGAAAGUUAAAAGGAAAGACAAACUGAGAGAAAGUGCAUGGAUGAAAAAGAAAGUGUGUGUAUGAGGUGUUUCUUCCUACAGGAAAGUGUUACCUAUUAAACCUCCAUUGAAACGGCCCAUGGUUUUUCCAGAUAGCACGUAGAUGUCUAAUGCCCGUCUGUCUGUCUCA